GUAAGAUAAUCAAGAGGACAUUUCAGUAAUUUCCCAAUAACAACGUUGAUGCGAAAUUGAAAAACUUCUUCAACCUUCUUGUCAAGUAAACAAAUACGGUUGUGUGUGAAAUCACAAAUAAUUUCACAGCAAAAGAAGCAACAGAGCAAAUGGCAUUACAAUGGAUGAUACUGUCGUACGUGGUGGCAGUAGAGGCAGCCGUAGCAAUUCUGCUGACAUUACCAUCACCAAAAGCAAUCAAAUCUCGUGUCGUUUCAUUAAUUUCACUCACCCUUCAACCUUCACUUUUCAUUAUUCCCUUUGCCGGUUUUCAGCUCCUCGAUAUAUAUUGGAAGAAUGAGCAUCGCUUGAUGUGCACUGGUGAGAUCUGUACUGCUGCUGAGAGAGACCGCUACGAGAGAUCGAUCUACAAGGCUCAAAGAAAUGCUAUUCUGUGUGUAGCAGCAUGCCUUCUGUACUGGUGUAUCUAUCGUGUCUGCAAGUACUACAAGGAGAUUCAGAGCAUUGAGGAGGUGGAAAAGAGACUCAAAGAUGAGUAGGUCGUUAGGCUGCUGCUCUUCCACUAGAAUUUGAGAUCUAGUUGUAGCGUAGCUGAAACAGUGCCUAGUGACCCUUUUAAGACUUUGUAAUGUGAUAUGAAUUUUGUGUUUCGCUUUGUUAAUGCCAUCUAAUGGCAUGCUUUUGUUAGAUUUUCGUGUCUUCCUCCUCCACGAGGUGGUUCUUUUUAUUUGGAAACAUAAAUGUAAUUGGUUGCUACCAAAAUCACCUAUAUACAUUCAAGUGCUAUCAA